AUGAACAAAAUCGCGAAUAUUCGUCAAAUUCCUCGACGCGUCUACUCGAUGGUCAAUCGAUCUUUUUCAAGUAUUUCUGAUACACCGGUUGAAGAACCACCACGUGAUCCAAACGCAUCGACACGAGAUAAUACGAAUGGUGGUGAUCAAUCACCGAAACCGAAUCGAAAUAAUUCAAAUAACAAUCAAGAUCCGAAUCAAGUACCAAAAUCACCUAAAAAAGAUCGUUAA